CUCGGCCCACCGCUCACCAGAACCACUGACACUGUCGCCGCCGACUCUCCAGCCUCCUUCCUUCACACUCCCAGCUCGUCGCCAUGGCCGCAGCUGCAGGGCUAGCCAGCUCUGCGAAGGAGACGCUCCCGCCGGCCCUCGGCUCCACCUCCCAGCCACCUCCCGUCUUCGAUGGCACAACCAGUCUGUACAUCUGCUACUUCUGCCCGUUCGCGCAGCGCGCCUGGGUUACCAGGAACUUCAAGGGCUUGCAGGACAAGAUCAAGCUGGUGGCCAUUGAUCUUCAGGACAAACCAGCUUGGUACAAGGAGAAGGUUUACCCACAGGGCACGGUGCCUUCCCUGGAGCACAACAACGAGAUCGUGGGCGAGAGCUUGGACCUGAUCAAGUACAUCGACAGCAACUUCGACGGCCCGGCACUGCUUCCAGGGGAUGCUGCAAAGAGGCAGGUUGCUGAUGAGCUGAUUGCGUAUGCCAAUGCGUUCACCAAAGCGCUCUACUCGCCUUUGAUCUCCCACGCAGAGGUGUCAGAUGAAGUUGUUGCUGCUCUGGAUAAACUAGAAGUUGCGCUAUCCAAGUUCAACGACGGUCCAUUCUUCCUCGGUCAAAUUAGCUUGGUGGAUAUUGCAUACGUGACGAUUUUGGAAAGGGUUCAGAUAUACUAUUCCCAUCUUAGGAGCUAUGAAAUCACCAAAGGCAGGCCCAACCUUGAGAAAUUCAUUGAGGAGAUGAACAAGAUCGACGCCUACACACAGACCAAAAACGACCCUCUGUUUUUGCUUGAUCUUGCUAAGAAUCAUCUUAAGAUCGCCUGAAGAUGUGACAGCACGACAGUCUGUUUGACGGGAGACACGUCAGUCCGUACGUGCGUUACUGCUUUGUUCAAAUAAAAGAUGACAUGAAGUGUUUUGUGCUAAUACAGUAGUCUGCGCUGUUGUAUUUCCGGGUCAUGACAAUUGUGUUGCAAUUUCCCUUGUUUUCUGAUGGUGAACAGUGUGCUUCGAAUAGUCCAGUACUCUACUCUCAUGUAUUCCCAUUUUUUUAAUGAAACACAUGUAUU